AUGUUUUACUUGUACAAUAAAUUCACGUCCGCAUCGAAGAGAAAUCAUGAAGAAAAAAAGGACAACAUCACACAUGUCGGGAGAAAUGUAACUGUUCCAGGUGAUGAGAAUGCCACCAAAAGGGGAAGCAACGGAAGGGACAACAAGGAAGAGGAGGAUUUGUUUUGGGCCCUUGAGGAAAAGGAACCAAGUAGGGAAGGUAUAAUGGAAAAUGAAAGGCAUGAGAACGGAGUGGAAAAAGAAGGGCACAUUUUCUCAGCCAGUGAGAAAAUGAGUUCAAGAUGUUUUACUUCGGGGAUUAGUAAACGGGUAGGGGAUACUUGGUGGGAUGAAAACCCCACUUGGACAGAGGUGGUUCCCCUGGAGGGGAAAGUUACCACACACUUGAAUCAGCCAAAUGAGCAUCACGAAAAUGGCUCCAAAAUUUAUCAGACAAAUGAGAAGAAUAUUCAACAGGGAAAUCCCCCGUUUGAAGAAUUUGAUGAAAACAGCGACGAUUUUUUUAAAAUUGACCAAGAAAAUUUUUCCUCCUUCACGUUUGCAGCUAGCUGUGCUAAUGAAUGCAAGAUAGAAAAGGAACACUUGGAAAACUCAAACGAUGAAACGAAAAUAAAAGAGCACUCGAAUGAACAAGGCAAGGAAGACCAUUUAGAAAAUGGUUGCCUAUUUGAUAAUAUCUCCGAUGAUAGUGUGAAGAUAAAUCUAUCCUUACAUCCCAGGACUCAAAUUACAGGUGGCCAUUUUGACCAAGCAGUCAUGGAGGGAUAUCCACAUACACAGGAAAUGGUUCCGUUUGUGGAAUCUAUAUCCCAUAAAAAUUUGACAACAUAUUCUAAUAAGGGGGAAGAGUGUGAAGAGGAAUGCCCAUUGGGGACAAUUGCAGAUAUCGGUGUGUCAUGUGAGAGGGGAUCCAGGGGAGAGAGCCGCCACUCGAUGAGUUGUAGCAGAGGGGUUGACGAAGAUGCCAUGGGAAAAGGGGAAAAAGAGAGCAUCGAAAAUGAAGCAGAAGGGGAUAACCCAAAUGGGCCAGAAGAGGAUAACACAGAUGAAGCCAAAAAAGAUAGCAAAGAUGAAGCCAAAAAAGAUAGCAAAGAUGAAGCCAUAAAGGAUAACACAGAAGAGCUUCCUAUGUUAGACCCCGUAAUGCCUGAUGACGAAGAAUCUCCGUGGAAUUUUUUCCAAGGAGUUCACUUCCCCCAGGAGUGGCAAAAUGCUGCCCAUGAAAGUGCACGCAGUGGUAACUGUAGUGAUGCUCCAAAUGGAGAGAGCAACUACUGGCCUACGGAUAUACACAGUUACCCCCCAAAUAAGGAAGACAAAUUUAACUUCAAUUUUAGUUCAUAUGAAUCCCCCAGGCUAGGUAAUAUCAAUGGGAAAGAAGAGGAAGAUAGGGACACCUGCUUGGAUAAUAAAAAGUUAGAAAAGUUAAGUGAAGAAUUGGAAACACAAAAUGGGAACUGUCCAAUUGAGAAUGCUUCUCUCAUAAAUAGCGAAAAGGAGGAGAUUCUACAAAGGGUGGAAAGUGAAAAUGGUAAAGAAGAUCGAAGGAAAAAACUGUGUUAUGAGGAACAAACUUGUGAAAUAGGACAAAGUGGUGUAACCGAAAAAUGGGACCAAGAAGAAUUCAUGCAGAUAAAUACCUUCGAAAGCAGAAACAUAGAAAUGGAUAAUGCCAAAAAAUCAUUUGAUGUUUUUUUCUGUCAUGAGGAUGAACAAUAUGAAGUUGCUUCCAUUUCGGAGAAAAAUAAAAAGGAAACAUUUUUUUUUGAAAAUAAGGAAAAUGUCAAAAGAGUGAACUUAGAAAAGAGCAACGAUGGGGAAGAUGUAUCUGUGGGUGAAGAAGUUCUUCUUGCGGAGGAGCCUAUGAGGAGCUUUGAGGAUGAUUUUUCGCUUUUCCAAAAUGAGGAAUCGAUAAGAGUAGUGAAAGUGGAAAAUGAGGGUGAUGCAUACCUCCUUGAAAAUAAACAAACGAUAGAUGUUGUCAUGGAUUCAGUAAAUACGAUAGACAUGAUGGACCUGUUAGACAUGGUGGAAGGCGACGGAGAGGCGAACGCAAAGGAGAGGAGUUUCUUCGAUAGAAAAGAAACCUACCAAACAGAAAAAGCCGCGGAAGAAAGCAAGGGGGAAACGACGCAUGAUGUUUAUUCAUUCGAAACGGUAGAUAUAAAAAAUAUAAAUGCCAACGGAUCGGUCCAAUGCAGUACAUAUAUGGGGUUGGAGGAGUUAACUGGGAGGAACAAGGAGAAGGAAAUUUUGUAUGAAACGGGAGAAGACACAGAAGGAAUUGCAGUGCAAAAUAUGGAACAAACGGACGAAAAGAAAGGUGGUAAAGGGGAACAAGUUAACAUGGAAGAAAUGAAUGAAUCCAAGGGAGACAGCCAUUUUAGUGGUAAAGAAAUGGAUGAAAUAAAGACAGUCGAAUUGAUUGGCCAAAAUGAGAAAACGUUUUAUCCUCACCAAGGGGAAGAAGAAUCAGGUAAUGAUCACAAAGUAGAUGAGCAUAGCGAAUUUUUAGAAGAUGAGCCAGAUGAUGAUGAAAAGCAUAUGUUAGGAGAAAAUUUCAUAAAUAACGGUGAAGAAUUAAAUUCCAUACUUUUUCCAAAUAUUUCAAAUGAGCAAUUUGCGCAGGAAAAAGAUAGUGAGAAGGAAAAUAAAUUAGAGAGUUUAUUAAGUGUACCCACAAAUAUGAUGCAAAAAAAAAUUCUUUCUGAUGAACAUGAGGGACAGAUUCUCCUCAUCCCCAGUGGACACACUAACUCCAUUAGUUCCAAUGAUAUGGAGGAAGAGAACAAAUGGGAGCAGAAUAUCCAAGGAGAGUUCGUCGAAAUGAUUAAGGAACCUCAAAAUUGUUAUCAAAUAUGGAAUGAAAUUUACGAAAAGGACGCAGCUCAAAAGGUGAAUUCUCAUGUAAAGAUGAUCAAGCAGAAUGAACCGGAGGCUAGGACAGGGUUAACAAAUGAGGAAAUUUUCGAACCAGAUAAUUUGAAUGAUGAAAGGGAAAAAAAAAAAAAAAAAAAAAAAAUUAAAAAAUGCCGCAUGAUGCGCGGAAAACCGUUUGAAUACGCUUCAGGAAGUUUGAAAUAUUUGAAGGCAUUAAAGGAGCUACCACCACUGGAAUUUUUAAAGUGCAAAGAUUUGAGACCAUUUAUGCGUCUUUUUAACAUAGUUCUGAAGACAGUGCGUAUGUUUCAUUUCAAUGAGGAUUACUUGUACGUAUUGGCAGGAGAUGAAACAGGGUGCAUUUAUGUGAAGUUGGAAGUGAAGCAUGAUAAGUUCUGCCAGGAGGAGGAAACCCUCAUGCUUGCGAAUUGUUGUGUAUCUGUUGAAGGCGGUCAUGCCUUUUUAGAAAUUAAUGAGUACAGUGAUAUUUUCUCAUUGAAGUAUAACCCCAUAGGGACUGUAAACAGGAGCAUAAAUUUUUCUGACUGUAAAUUUGUUCCCUUAUAUGCGGGCAAAAUUUAA